AUGGGCGAAACUAUCUAUGAGAGCUCGAAGGUGGAGGCCAAGAUUGAUGGAUCACCCAUGGACGCCGAUGAGCUGCGUCUGGCCCAGAUGGGAGUUAAAGUCAAUCCGUUACCGGGUUGGUCGCCCACUGUCGAACUUAUUGCAGUACCAAUGACUCACGGGGCACCGAAGAAGCAAUAA